GUAAAUACGCAGUCUAAUUUUGUUUAAAAAGCAUCUCGUUUCCACUUGUUUGUACCACAGAUACCAUGAGUGCGAAAUUUCCUUUAGAAAUAAAGACAUUUACCAAAGAAGAACAAAUGGAACAUGAAAAAGUCUAUAAAACUUCAGAAUUUUUCGACGACUUCUCACGCGUCGGUCCAAAGAAGUACACAGUGAUGAGGUACGAGAAAGAUGCUGCAAAUAUUUACAACAUGAAACUGUGCAGCUCGAAUAUCAUCGUUAAUUCAUUUCCUCGUUCAGGAACAACAUGGACACAAGAACUGGUGUGGCUGAUUGCUAAUGACUUCGACUUCGCUACAGCUAAGAACGUACCGCUCCAUGUGAGAUUUCCACAUUUGGAAUUUGCACCAGAAAUUCUCAACGAACUGUCAAAUUCACCAAAAUUGAGUAGCCAGUUCGUCAUGACUCACAUUCCUUUAUCCCUGCUGCCACCUACCCUGCUGGACACCUGUAAGGUGGUUUACGUAGCUCGGGAUCCAAGAGACGUGGCACUAUCCAACUAUCACCUGGAGAGAGAACUUUGUAGGCUUCAAGAAAACGUUAAAUUCGAGGAAUACUUUGAAGUGUUCAUUGCGAACCUGCGUGUCUACUGUCCAUAUUUUGAACACGUUAAGGAGGCAUGGGCGCUGCGCUAUCACCCCAAUAUGCUCUUUAUAUUCUACGAGCAUCUCAGUAGAGAUCUGAAGAGCGUGGCCUGUCGCAUUUGUGAUUUCUUUGGUAAGAAGUAUAACGAGCAGCAGCUAGACCAGUUAUGUGACCACCUGCGUUUCGUGAACUUCAAGAAAAACCCGGCUGUCACUCGCCAACAACAAUACAAUCAACAGCAAGAGAUGUGUUAUUUUCCAAUGUUGUACGAGUAUGCGCAAGAGUCGCAUGGGAGGGAUUGGGAGUGGGGAGAAUGGAACGAAUGGGACCAGGCAGUCAAAGAGGAAGCCGAGGAUACCACUAGCAUGAGACAUGAAGAAGGUGAAGGUGUGGUUCCAAAACAGAAGAAUGAAAUGGAAGAGGACCAAAGGAAGUAA